GCAUCUGCAUCUUCUGCCUGAGAAAUUCCAUCUCCGCAAACGGUAAGUUGUCACUCUUCCAAGUAACUCUCUCCUUCUUCCCUCUCCAACGCUUCGGUACUUGUCAACUGGUUUCCCCCACACCCCUUCAUCCCCGCUCUGCCUGUCUGCUCCUCCAGGUUUCUCCAACUUACAUCGUUGUACCAUCAUCGAUAUGUAUUCCUGUUGCAUUUUAAAUAGUGGCUGACUUCCUGCUGUAGGACGAUAUCUUUCACUAUCAUCCAUCACUUACAUCUUGAUCUUCAAUUGAUCCUACAAAACAUUCAUCAAAAUGGUAUUUAUUCGCUCUUUCUCCCGUCAACUUAGACGGCCUGCCUCCUCUCUCCUGUCGGCCACAGGCUCUUUGAAGCCUACCGCUAGCCCUUUUCGAGCCUCUCCUCUGGCAGGGACUGUUUCCGGUGCACGUACGCUAACUGCUUCUGCGAGCCUACAGGGUAAAGUUCUUAUGGUUCUCUAUGAUGGCGGUGAGCAUGCCAAGCAGCAGCCUGGUCUUCUGGGUACCACCGAGAACGAGCUCGGUUUGAGAAAGUGGCUCGAGGAACAGGGCCACACUCUGGUCACUACCUCCGACAAGGAGGGCGAGAACUCCACAUUUGACAAGGAAUUGGUCGACGCCGAAGUCAUCAUCACCACUCCUUUCCACCCUGGUUACCUCACUGCUGAGCGUCUGGCCAAGGCCAAGAACCUGAAGAUUGCCGUCACCGCUGGUGUUGGCUCCGACCAUGUUGACUUGAACGCUGCCAACACCACCAACGGUGGUAUCACUGUUGCUGAAGUCACUGGCUGCAACGUCGUUUCCGUCGCUGAGCACGUCGUCAUGACCAUCCUGACUCUGGUCCGCAACUUCGUCCCCGCCCACGAGCAGAUUGCCCGCGGUGAGUGGGAUGUUGCCGCCGUCGCAAAGAACGAGUACGACUUGGAGAACAAGGUUGUCGGUACCGUCGCCGUUGGCCGUAUUGGUGAGCGUGUGCUCCGCCGUCUCAAGCCCUUCGACUGCAAGGAGCUGCUCUACUACGACUACCAGCCUUUGAGCCCCGAGGUUGAGAAGGAGAUUGGCUGCCGCCGUGUCGAGAACCUCGAGGAGAUGCUCGCUCAGUGUGAUGUUGUUACCAUCAACUGCCCUCUCCACGAGAAGACCCGUGGUCUCUUCAACAAGGACCUGAUCGCUAAGAUGAAGAAGGGCUCUUGGUUGAUCAACACCGCCCGUGGUGCCAUCGUUGUCAAGGAGGAUGUUGCCGAUGCCAUCAAGUCCGGCCACCUGCGCGGAUACGGUGGUGAUGUCUGGUUCCCCCAGCCCGCUCCCCAGGAUCACCCUCUCCGCUACGUCACCGGCCCCAUGGGCGGCGGCAACGCCAUGGUUCCUCACAUGUCCGGUACUUCAAUCGAUGCCCAGAUCCGCUACGCCCAGGGUACCAAGGCUAUCCUCGAGAGCUACUUCACUGGUCGCAACGACUACAGACUCGAGGACCUUAUUGUCAAGGAUGGUGACUAUGUCACCAAGGCUUACGGCCAGAGAAAGUAA